GCGCAGUGCACCUUUAACAGGCUGCUUCCUCCAGCAGCGUGUCUGUGAGAGAGGGGCACUUAAACAUCCCCAUCAACUCCACAGCAGAGUUCAGCAGCAGCAGCUCUACAGCCCGGCUCACCUCCACAGCCUCCGCUGAGCCGCCGCUGAAAGCUGGAGCACUUCACUUCACUGAUCCGCAGCGGGUUGUAGACUGCGUGACUACCUAAACCACAGCGGAAACACUCAGGUGCAUUCCCUCAGUGGUACAUCCUAAAUAGGAAUCAGCUGUGUCCUGAAGUGAACAAUGAAGCUGCUGUUGGUCGUGGCCUCCCUGCAGUUAGUCCUGGCCUCUGUCUUUACGCUGCCCAGUGGUGAUUACUGGGAGGAAUGGGGACCAUAUGGAGAGUGCAGCCGCACGUGUGGCAGCGGGGUAACCGUGAGGACGAGGCGGUGUGUGACUCAGCGGACCGAUGGAGGGCAAAACUGUGUCGGACCUGAUAAGUCGUACCGCUCUUGCAACAUUCAGGACUGCCCUGAGGGGUCCAGAGAUUUCAGAGAGGAGCAGUGCUCUCAGUUUGAUGGCACUGACUUCCAUGGAAAACUUUACAAGUGGCUGCCUUACUAUGGAGCGGAAGAUCCAUGUGAGCUGAACUGCAUCCCCAGAGGAGAAAACUUCUACUAUCGUCACCGCUCCUCAGUGGUGGAUGGCACACCCUGCCACCCAGGCAGGAAGGAUAUCUGUGUGGAGGGAGUCUGCAGGCGUCUGGGCUGUGACAGCAUGCUGGACUCUGCACAGCAGGAGGACCCUUGCCUGGUGUGUGGAGGGAACGGUCAGUCCUGCCACGCCAUCAAGAACACUUUCUCCAUGCGGGAUCUGCCUAAAGGUUACAAUCAAAUGUUCAUCAUCCCUGUUGGGGCUACCAGCAUCCGCAUCAGUGAAACUGUAGCUACUCGCAACUACUUGGCUAUCAAGAACCUGCGUGGUGAGUACUACCUUAACGGGCACUGGGUGAUUGAAUUUUCCCGUGCUACUCCCAUUGCUGGCACCAUGCUGCACUAUCAGAGAGGAACAGAGGGGGAGAUGACCCCUGAAACCAUCAUUGGCCGUGGACCUACCACUGAGCCCCUGGUCGUUGAGCUGAUCACUCAGGAGCCCAACCAAGGAGUGGACUAUGAGUAUUAUCUGCCCAAUGGUCGUUCCAGAGAGGGCUACUACUGGAGCUAUGGCUCCUGGUCUGCCUGCAGCAAGGAAUGUGGCUCUGGUUAUCAGUCUCGUCUGGUCUUCUGUACUGUUGAUAAUGAAGCAUACCCUGACUAUUUGUGUGCUUCCCUGCUUCGACCUCUCAAUAACCGCACAUGCAAUGAGCAACAGUGCCCCCUCACCCGCAGGAUGGCGUAUGUGUACCAGCCGCAAUUGUGGAGACCCAGAGAGCCAACACGUGUCUAUGUUCAGGUGUACAGCUGGAAGAUUGGUGAGUGGAACCAGUGUUCAGCGACAUGCGGUGGUGGCUCUCAGGUGCGGCGAGUGGAGUGCAUAUCCCAUGAUGCGUCUGGAGUGCGGGUGGUGGAGGACUCUCUGUGUGAGACCUACGCUUCCAAACCCCUCGGUCAACAAAACUGCAACAUGCAGCAUUGUGCCCAGUACAGCGUGUCCUCCUGGAGCCAGUGCUCUGUGCCAUGUGGCUCUGGGGAGCAGAUGAGGGAUGUGGUGUGUGUGGGAUCAGGAGGAAACCGUCUGGAGGACUACAUGUGUGGGACCCUGCUGAAGCCCCCCAGCACACAAACCUGUGAGAUGCCGGCCUGCAGAAUUCCUGUUGGAUGGCAUGUUGGUGACUGGGGUCUGUGUUCUAAAAGCUGUGGCUCGGGGCUGCGGGAGCGGCAGGUGAUCUGUUCAGACACACAGAGGAACCUUUACGGGGUGGAGCACUGCAGCAACCAUCCCAAACCCCCUACUGUGGAAAGCUGCAACACCCAGCACUGCUACAGCCCCCAGGUGGUGCCCAGCAUGCAGGACCCAAGAGGCUAUGACAACACCCUGCAUGGAUUCCAGCUUUAUACUCCUGAGGAACAUGCUCCAGUGCGUCAGCCAGUAGAUGUAGACCCUUACCCCAGUACAGGUGUGGUUCCUCACUGUCGUCAGUCUCCAUAUGGUUGCUGUCCUGAUGGCAGGACUGCAGUCAGUGGCCCCCGGGGUCAAGGCUGUGUCCAGAGAUCGCUUUGUUCCCGCACCAGGUACGGCUGUUGUCGAGAUGGAGUAUCUAAAGCCCAUGGUCCCAAUAAGGAGGGCUGUCCAGAAUAUGUCCCAGAAUAUGUCCCAGAGUAUGUCCCAGAGUAUGUUCCAGAAUAUGUCCCAACUCCGGCUUCUCCUCCUGUAGACUGCCGCACAUCCACAUAUGGGUGCUGUUAUGAUGGAGUGACCACUGCUAGUGGUGCUUACGGAGAGGGCUGCCCCAACCCCCCAACUGGUGCUCAGCGCGUGUCCUGCGAGCUGCCCCACACCGCCGGCCUGUGUGACCAGUGGACCGCCCGCUACUACUACGACCCUGCCUCGUCCCGCUGCGUGCAUUUCUGGUACGGCGGCUGCCAAGGCAACAGCAACAACUUUGCCACGCUAGAGGAAUGCCAGCACACGUGUCAGGGAAGUGUGCCCGUCUCCACGGUGUACAAUGGCGAAGCCAGCUCAGGCCAAAUCCGUCUGGGAGCCAGCGCAGCCCAGCAUGCCCGCCAUGCCAGGAUCCAGCUGCGGGGGCGCCGGCCUGCUCCCAGAGCCGUGCAGCUCAGCAGCCCCUCUGCCAGUUGGACUGCUGUGGGUGUGAGUAUAGACAAGUCGGACCCCUCUACAGUGGAGGGGAUAGUGGGACAGGUGGUGGUUUUGCCCUGCAGGGUGAGCCCACCCCCCUCCUCCACCGUGACAGUGGAGUGGAGACGAGACGGCAUCCCUCUCGACCCUGCCAGGCACAGACAGCAGCCUAAUGGCUCUCUGCUGGUGGGUCCUGUAAAGGUGGGGGAUUCUGGCUGGUUGCUGUGUGUGGCCACGCGAGACCAUGAGAGAGAUUACCGCUACAUCUACCUGUCUGUCUCAGAGGCUUCACAGGUUGCUCAGGAUUCAACGUUACCUCGGGAUGGAGCAGAGAGGACAGAUCCUGCUGACUCACUGGACCUUAUCCCUCAUGACCCACACCAGCACAAGCCCAGGUUUAGUAUUGACCGGUCAGGCUCAGCGCUGGUUGAGGCUCGUGCAGGUCAGACUGCCAGACUUCACUGCACUAUCCUACCCACCUCAGCUAUGUCCUCAGUCAGGAUUCAGUGGACCAAAAACGGAGCUGUGCUCAACACACUCAGGCAUUCACAGAACUCGGAUGGCACCCUGGUCAUUAACAACCUCACAUCUAAUGAUUCAGGUGUUUACACCUGUACAGCCGCUAGCAGUCAACAGCUGGAACAAUUUCAAGUCCAGCUCAGAGUUACAGGGGACCUGAGGAUCACCACAGCCCCCAAUAAUGUGCAGGUGUCCCGGGGCAGCACGGCUCAGCUUCCCUGCAUAGUGUCUGGAGAAAAUGUCAAUGUGGGCUGGUCCAGGAAUGGUGUGCCAGUAAGGCCAGAUGGACAUCGAGUGCUGUUGUCGGCAGAUGGCACUCUUAUUAUACAUAACGUACAGCCUGUGGACGAAGGCUCUUAUACCUGCAACGCCUACAGUGGUACAUACUCCGUCAGUGCCACUGCUGAAAUUCGGGUGACCAAAGAUUAUGGUGGAGGCCUUAGCCCAUCGGCUGACUGCGUGGACGAGCCGGACUUGGCUAACUGUCAGCUGAUCGUCACCGCCCGCCUGUGUGGCAACCGCUAUUUCUCCAGUUUCUGCUGUGCCAGCUGUUUUAACUACGCAAUGGGAAAGAGCAGGCCAGGCCGGCACGGAUAGGGACCAGUGGUCAUAGCUGUAGGCCUCAUGGCCUGACCGGGACUCUCGUGCCUUUUUCUGCAUACAGCACCGUGCUGAAAGAUUGUAUAUGUUAUUGGACAGCAUGACUCCACUCCCAUUGAAGCCUAAAGUUGGUGAAGAUGCUCAGAUCUGGUUUAUGUUUGUGUUGGGGUGGUAGUGUGCACUGUAGAGACGCACUGCAAAACAUCUUGUCAAGUUAAAUAAUAUUGAAUGUAGUCAAUAAAUCUAAUAUUUCUCCUGUUGAGAUUGUUGUAAGCUUAAUUUCAAAUUAUAUUUCUUAAUUUUUUACUUGUGUUAAGGAAUUUUAUUACAUGAAAUGGUCUCACUAUAUUGGCAGAUAAUAAUUUUACUUGAAAAAAUUAACAAUUGUUUUUUUCAUACAAAUUACCAUUGUUUGAAAAAAACAAGUGAAAAAGUCUAGAAAUAAGAUAGAUAAUCUUAUAGUAAGUGCACAACAAUCUCGAAAUGAGAAAUAUUAGAUAUAUUGACUAGAUUUAAGAUCAUUUCACUUGACAAGAUACCGUUGUUUUGCAGCGUGGGAGGAGGAGCAGUAUCUCUGCCUAUAUUUAUAACGGACACUCUCUCUUCAUGAUGGAAGAAUGACUGAAUUUAAGAUAAUUCUCAAUCUUACAGACGAUAAUUGCCAAAAAAUAACUGAUGAAGACAUGCAUUUGCUUCAUGACUGUAAAUCUGUGUUAAGGUUAUUACUGUCAAUCUACAAAAACUGAAAAACAAAGCUGUCUAGUGAUAGAAUCUCACUGCGAUGUGGUGUGAAAUAAAGUGCCUGCAUGUCCUUGACAUUGGAUUGACACUUACAGCUGUCAAUCACCUCAUUAUCCACACCCUUAUAUCAGCAAUUAUCUUUUAUAUGACAUCUUUUUAUUGUUAAGUUAAACUCUGAGGGGUAUGUUAAGAUGAGGGAAACUUGUACAACACAAGUACCAACAAGAAAUUGACUAGACAUUUUGAAAUGCAGCUUGCCACUAGAGGGUGUCAGAGGCAUUUUGGCUUUACUGUUCAACUGCUGUCAUGCUGUCCACUCAUAUAUAGUCAUCGGUGCCAAUACAUCCAAUAUCAGCUUUCACCAGCCGUUUCCACACUGAAAUGACCACAUCUGACCUCAGAUCAGCAGCUAGGAGCAGACCACCUCUACUCCAAAGGACAAAGGGCUAUCAUGUACAAAUGAAAUGUACUGUAAAAGCAAUUCAAAAUUGCAGUUCAUAUACAUUGUUCUACUUUAUUUAUAAUGAUGUACACAGCUUUUACAUGUUUUGUACUUACUGUAUCUUUGUUUAAGAAGAAAUGUUUGUGAAUCACUGUAUAUAAAGAAUUAUAAUUAAAACACACAUAUGAA